AGAACAAUAAGUUACUGAAUAAACUUAUAGCCAUGCUUUGAAAGAGUGGUCAUAUUGUACGGUAGUCAUCAACAACCAGCUUUAAAAGCGUGGUCAUAUCUCUCGCUAUUGGCACGUAUUAAAAGCGUAGUCAUAUCUCUCGCUAUUGGCACCCUUUAAAAGCGUGGCGAUAGAGCAACCGAUGCGCUUGCAGAUGUGACCCUUUCAAAAGCGUGCUGGUAGCUAAAAAAGCGUGGCAAAAAGCUAUCGCUAGGCUUUUUCCAGCUUUUUGCCAUGCUUUAAAAGCGUGGCAAUAGAGAUGUUUUCUUGUAGUGUCUUAUGAAAUUAAUUGAGUGUUGACUGAUGCUGCAGAUUGAGAUUGGUUGGAUUUGUGGGAACCGUAAGGUGGAUAUAUGUCCAAAUUUAUGGGAGGUUAUGUCCAAUUUUAGGGGAGGUUAUGCCCAUUUUUUUCGAAAAGUUUUGUUGAAUGAUUUGUGUAGUAUAUAUGUUGAUUAGUGUUUAUAUUCUUUUUGCACACAUGACUACUGGUAGCAGAGGUAGAUCGAGUGGGUUUCGAGGUCGUGGUAGAGGGAGGGUUUCUACUGAAUUCUCAGGUACUGUUUAGUCAUCUCCUUCUACCCUGACUACCUUAUCAAGCCCUGUGACAUCACAGGCGAAUCCAACGGACCAACAGAUCAUGGUCCCAAACCCGAACUACGUGCCUCCUUUUGCUACACCACCUACAGAUCCAGCGACAGAUCCCGCUGGGUGAUUCCUCCAGUGCCUCCCAACAGGAUGCUCCUCCACCACUGCCCGUCAUCUGGCUGAGGAUUUGGCCCGAUGGCAUGCAAGCGUUUGCACCAAAUAAUAAUGCUUGCACACAGAAGAUAUCCGAAGUCAUUAAGUCAAUGUACGACCACCCGUGGUCGAGCUACACGAAGAUCCCUGCUGAGAUCAUAGAGCGAUGGUUUCAGAAGUGGGUGUUGAAAUUCAUAUGAGAUGUGGAACAUAAUCUCAUGAUCAGGAAGAUCUACGACCACCAGGCAGCUAAACAACUACAGCAGAUGAUGAGCGACGUUCAUCAGGGGCGCAACCACUUAAUAACCUGAAUCCGUCCAUCUAUCAAGAAGGAAUUGAUGGCCUAUUUUAGAAAUGAUGAGGAGUUCAAGUGUUGCUGUCUAACGAACAUCACUAACAGGGCUUCACCGAGGUCGUCUAAGUAUACGGGUGGGUUGGCGACCUUCAUGAACACGAAGAGCAGACUGUCUAAGUCGUUGGAUCGUGAGCUGACACUGGCAGAGACUUUCAAGUAUACCCAUACCUUGAAGGCCAACAUGGAGAGAUUUGCUGACGAGCGGUCUACAGCCGAUUAUGAUGAUUACACGCAGAUGUUGGAGGCCGCGAUCCAACAUUCUCAGCUGCCUAGUGGGAACGACGAAGCCGGCUCCGAGAUCUCAGUGGUAGAUUUUGAUAGUGGCCUCUGAACCCCACAAGAACUGUCGCUUCGGGUUAGGGUCGUUCUUCGCUAGUAGCCUCUGCAUCUACUACCAACCUUGUCGAUCUGCAGGAAGUUGUCGACCUGAGGAAAGAGGUAUAGAAGUUGACACAGGAGCUUCACCAACAAGCGGAGUAGUCUGAGCAGAGGUACAACGACCUUGUUGCAUGCGUGGGAGGAGUCAUUGUUAUUACUCAUACCUGACGGAGAAGCUGGAGCAGCUAGAUCAUUUGCGAGAGCAUAUGGAAGUGUACAACCAUCAAAUGCGCGCUGGAGGAAGUAACUUUGCUGGUACCGGCAGCAACGCUAGUAGUGGGGCACUGACAUCAGCACCUACUCCGCCGCCUCAGUAGGGGAAAGACGACGACAAUGACGAUUACUGGAAUUUGUAGGGUUUAGGAAUUUAAUUUUUUUGUCUACUUCAUUGUAUUCU